AUGCUCCUCCCUACUAUCUCUCCGGGCGCCGCCCCCCUCCACUCUCAUAAUCUCAGUGACUUAUUGCACUCCUUCUCUCUCAGCCUGCCCUCAUCCGCAUCUCUCUCCUCAUUCGCCCUCCCCUCCUCGCGCCCUGUCAAAUCCCUCUCCCUCCCCCCUCCCUUCCCUCACCUUCUCCUCUCCUCUCUCAUCUUCCCUCCCUUCUCCUUCCGCUCCCUGUCCCUCUCUUUCUCCCCUCCCUCUUCCCUUUCCUAA